UUACUGAAAGAUUGCUAACGAAUAAUUCGAGAUGAUUCCAUCUUCGUUCGGGUUUAGUAUGUAUGGCCAACUAAAAACAAUCACCAACAAACCACCGAAACAGCUUACGUUCUGCACGGAUUUCGACAAAACUAUAGUUAUCAAUACGUUUAUGGAUCGAGGGUGGAAGCAAGUCGAGCCCACAGAUGCUUGGAACGUGUACUGGUCGAACACAACCAACUGUCGCUCCAUAUUCAACGCAGAAAACGGCAUCCGACUCAACGACUACCAACUCAUCAACCAUUUCCCGAAACAACACGAGUUAGUCCGCAAAGACUUACUCGUCCGAAACAUAAAGAAAUACCGCAAAGAAUUAGAAAAAGAAGGCAGCCCUUUAGCUGAGAAGCAUGAAUUUUUCCAAGGAGAUCAUAAAGUCACUCGCUUUUUACAUCUAGAUUUCAUACCAGUAACCUAUGUCUUACCUUCAGAUUAUAAUCUCUUCAUCGAAGAAUACCGACGCUACCCCCACACUACAUGGAUUCUCAAACCGACGAGCAAAUCUCAAGGAGAAGGCAUUUUCCUCGUAAACAAUUUGUCGCGGCUGAAGAAAUGGUCUCGAGAGUCGAGGAAAUACUUACAUCAUCGAUUCACCAAGAAGGACUCUUACGUGAUAUCCCGCUACAUAGAUAAUCCGCUUUUGAUUGGAGGAAAGAAAUUCGAUUUGCGGAUCUACGUCCUCGUUACGUCGUUUCGGCCUUUAAAGGCUUACAUGUUUCGUCACGGCUUUUGUAGGUUCUGCUCGAUGAAGUACGACUCGAGUGUCGCCGAACUAGACAACAUGUAUGUGCAUCUGACGAACGUGAGCGUUCAGAAGCAUGGAGAAGACUACAACCGUUUACAUGGCGGGAAGCUUGGAAUACAAAAUUUAAAGUUGUAUUUAGAAGGUACACGUGGUCGGGAAGUAACCGAGCGGUUGUUCUGCGACAUACAAUGGCUUAUAGUGCAUUCGCUGAAAGCCGUGGCGCCGGUUAUAGCGAACGACCGCCAUUGUUUUGAAUGUUACGGUUACGAUAUCAUAAUAGAUGCGGAUUUGAAGCCGUGGCUUAUCGAAGUGAACGCGUCGCCCUCGAUGACGGCGACGACUAAAAACGACGGCAUCCUCAAGAGGAAACUGCUGGAGAACAUGCUGUCUGUGAUACUCCCCCCGAGUGGGAUACCUGAUGCUCGCUGGAAAAAAGCGCCGAGCGAUAAAGCUUUGGGAGACUUCGAACUGUUAAUAGAUGAAAAUUUAUGUACCGAAGAAUCUUAGGUUUACUUCAAAAAAUGUUGAAACAAGCAUGUGUUAUUUAAAAUACUUCUUAGAUGCAAU